AUGAAUCGCACCGCCUACACUGUGGGAGCUUUGCUUCUCCUCUUGGGGACCCUACUACCGGCAGCUGAAGGGAAAAAGAAAGGGUCCCAGGGAGCCAUCCCACCUCCAGACAAGGCUCAGCAUAAUGACUCUGAGCAGACCCAAUCCCCACCACAACCUGGCUCCAGGACCCGGGGGCGGGGCCAGGGGCGAGGCACCGCCAUGCCAGGUGAGGAAGUGCUGGAGUCCAGCCAAGAGGCCCUGCACGUGACAGAGCGCAAGUACCUGAAGCGAGAUUGGUGCAAAACUCAGCCUCUGAAGCAGACCAUUCACGAGGAGGGCUGCAACAGCCGCACUAUCAUCAACCGCUUCUGCUACGGCCAGUGCAAUUCCUUCUACAUCCCCAGACACAUCAGGAAGGAGGAAGGCUCCUUUCAGUCUUGCUCCUUCUGCAAGCCCAAGAAGUUCACCACCAUGAUGGUCACGCUCAACUGUCCUGAGCUACAGCCACCCACCAAGAAGAAACGGGUCACACGCGUGAAGCAGUGUCGGUGCAUAUCCAUUGAUUUGGAUUAA